UCUAUUUAAAUUCCUAGAAUAAAUUUUUUAAUUUUUUUUCGAUCUUAGUAACAGAAUACGGUAUACGUAAAAUGUCCGAGAACAUUUUGAAUAUGGUAAAUAACGCAAUUAUGGUAAAAUUAUUAGUAUUGAAUUUGGGCGUGUACCGACGGCCCAGUGAAAUUGAAAGUGACGCUAACCGGGGGCCAAAAUGCAUCUGUAUAAAAAGGAGGCAAAAAUUAUACUGCGACAGAUUAAGAGCAACCUUCACUUAAACACCUCAAACAGUACUUAUUCAACAAUGGCAUACAAAUUCGUAGUACUCGCCGCUUGUUUAGUAGCCGUGCGUGCCGGUUUAGCUCCAGCCACUAUCGCCGCUCCAGCUAUCGCGUAUUCCUCCGCUCCUGCAGUUUCUUCCAUUUCCUACUCCUCGCCCAUUGUCUCCUACGGAACCCCAAUCGCCGCCCAAACUCCGACCAUCACAAGUCAAUCUCAAAACAUCCUGCGCAGCUUCGGCAACCUCGGCCAAAUUUCCACCUACUCUAAGACACUCGACACUCCUUUCUCCAGUGUACGUAAGACUGACGUGCGCGUGUCCAACCCUGGACUAAGGUACACCUCUUCACCAGUGAUCGCAGCUCCAGCAUUCCAGGCCGCGUAUGCGGCUCCAGCCGUUGCUCCUGCAGCAGUUACUUACUCAGCUGCUCCAGCCGUCUCUCACGUUUCUUACCAGGGAAUUGCAGGCUCAUACGUUUUCUAAAUCAGGCAUUUUUAUGACUCUUUUAUUUAUUAAUAAAUAAAAUUACUAAUGUAAAUAAUGUCAGAAUUUUAAUAAAUGUCAUCAUUAUUA